AUGUUAUUAAUAAAAUUAAUAAUAUUAUUUAUAUUAUAUAAUAUAAAUAGUAUAAAUAGUGAGAAUAGUGAAAUAAAUAAUGAUAUAAUAGAAUCAUUUAAAUUAAUGUAUAAACAAAUAAGUUAUACAUCAUAUUAUAUAAAAAGAAGAAUAGAUAAAAUAAGUUAUGAAAGACCAUCAUUAUUAUCAUAUGUAAAAUCAAUGAAAUUGGAUAAUGAAAAUAUAUUAAAAGAAUUAGGUAUAACAAUAUUAAAAGAAUUACCAUUAAGAACAUCAUCAUUAGAUAUAAAUUAUGAUAUAAAUUAUGAUAUAGAAUAUGAUAAAAAACAUUUUGAAGAUUAUAUAUUAGUAGAAUCAAAAAUCAAAUUAACAUUAGAAUUAUUAUUUCAUUCAUUUUCAUAUUGGAAAGUACAUUUUAAUCAUAUUGUAGGAUUUUUUAAUAAGGAUAUUAAUAGACUUAAAAAUGAUACUGUAUAUAAACUUAUAUAUCAAGAUUUUAUAUUAAUAUUCUUCCCAAUUAUUAAAUUAAUAUAUCAACAUUAUAAUAUUAAAUAUAUUAAUGUAUUAGAACAAGAAUUAUUUUCUAAACAAAUUUAUAUUUAUGGAAUUAAAUCAUUUAUGGAUUCUGAAUGUUUUAUAGGAUUUCAUAAUGAAUCUUCAUUAAUACAAUUAAUUAAAAAAACUUAUUGGACUGAUAUUGAUCUUAUCAAUCGUAUGAUUAAAGAUAUUUAUAAACAUUUCAAUAUAUUACCUAAUGAUAUUAAAUCUCUCUUUAAUAUCUUUAAUAUAUAUAAAUCCAAUUUAAAUCUUAUUUCAUAA